AUGUACUCCUCUAAGCUCACCUGGCUCGUCACAGGCGCCAACUCUGGCCUGGGGCUUUGCAUAGCCCAACAAGCGCUCCGCCAGGGACACACCGUCAUUGCCACAGCCCGAUCUCUCGCCAAGUUUCCCGAGAGCCUUCGAGAUGCUCAGAACGCUCAUCUUUUCGAGCUCGAAGCCACUAGCUCGGCGUUCAUCAUAACGAAAUUCGUCGACGACCUCAUCUCCCGCUUCGGCCAUAUCGACGUUCUCGUCAACAAUGCAGGCUACGGCCUCUUCGGCGCGGUCGAAUCGUUGACCGAACAGGAAAUCCGACGCCAAUUCGAAGUGAAUUUCUUCGGUGUGCUCAACCUCACCAAGGCAAUCCUGCCGCAUAUGCGCCAACGUUGUAGCGGUACUAUUUUGCAGAUGUCGAGUUGUUCGGGCAUUUUCAAUAUUGAGGGAUCGCCUGUUUAUACAGCGAGCAAACAUGCCUUGGAGGGACUGAGCGAGGGCCUCGCUCAGGAAGUCAAGAAGUUCGGGAUUAGGGUUCAUCUUAUCGAGCCGGGAUACUUCCGAACGGGGUUUGUGACUUCGGCCCUAGAGACGAGGAAGGAGGGGAGCUGGAUGACGGAGGACGGGUACAUCGAUAUGAAGGCAUAUAUUACUGACGCAGAUGGGUCACAGCCUGGUGAUCCUGUUAAAGCUGCUGAAAGGAUCUUCGAGCUGGCGUCUUUAACGGGGAUGGCGAAGGGAUUGCAAGAUGAAGUCAGACUAGUUCUCGGCUCGGAUUGUCUAGACAUGUUGGAGAAGAAAAUUAAGCAGUAUGAAAAGACUGUUCAAACGAUGAGGGAAAUUGCGCCGUCGACGGAUUACUAG